AUGGCCCCCUCUGCUAUCUCGCCCGUCGCGGUCCUCGAGAAGGAGGACCACGCCCGCGAUGCUGCCUUCAACAAAGCGCUUCAUGGCAAGUCAGUUGAUGCCACGGGGGGACUGAUGGCCAUGCGCUCCAAGGACAAAGCGGCGCAGAAGGCUGCCGUCGAUGAGUACUUCAAACAUUGGGACAACAAAUCGGCAGCCGUCGAGACCGAAGAGAUUCGAAAGGCACGAAGAGAUGAAUAUGCCACUUUGACAAGACACUACUACAACCUCGCCACUGACCUGUACGAAUAUGGCUGGGGCACCUCGUUCCAUUUCUGUCGCUUUGCUGCGGGAGAGUCCUUCUACAAGGCCAUUGCUCGUCACGAGCACUAUCUUGCUCUGAAGAUGAAUAUGCAGGAGAAUUGGCGCGUUCUGGAUGUCGGCUGCGGUGUGGGAGGACCUGCCCGAGAAAUGAUCAAGUUCACUGGGGCCAACGUUGUGGGUCUGAACAAUAACGACUAUCAAAUCGAACGGUCGUUACGCUAUGCAAAGAAGGAGGGUGUCGCCGACAAGUUCUCGGCUGUCAAGGGCGAUUUUAUGCAAAUGUCGUUUCCUGAGAACAGCUUUGAUGCUGUGUAUGCCAUUGAGGCCACAGUGCAUGCGCCCAGCCUGCAGGGGGUGUAUGAGCAGAUUUUCCGGGUUCUGAAGCCUGGUGGUGUCUUUGGGGUGUAUGAAUGGCUCAUGACUGAUAACUAUGACAACGACAAUCCUCAGCACCGCGAGAUCCGACUUGGCAUCGAGCAAGGAGACGGCAUUUCCAACAUGGUCAAGGUCUCGGAAGGGUUGGCCGCCAUCAAAGCCGCAGGUUUCGAGUUGGAGCACCACGAAGACCUUGCCGAGAGACCGGACGCGAUCCCGUGGUACUACCCUCUCGCAGGCGAUUUCAGAUACAUGGGCAGCAUUGGCGACGUCUUCACCAUCGGGCGCAUGACGUGGUGGGGACGGGGUUUAAUCCAUAAAUUUAUUGGGCUUGGGGAGAGUCUGAGGGUCAUGCCUCGUGGCACGCAGAAGACGGCGGACAGCCUGGCACUAGCUGCUGAUUGUUUGGUUGCUGGCGGGAAGCAGAAGCUGUUCACACCAAUGUACCUGAUGGUUGCGCGGAAACCCAAAGUUUGA